UUUUUGAUACCCAAAAGCUCUGUAAAUCUGCCACUAUCUCCUCUAUCAUUUUCAUGUCCUUCUUCAAGUUUGAGUCGAUAAAGAAGCUCAUACACGUUAAAAAAGCAUGUAAGAGCUUCACUGAUCAGAUCUUUCGAUCCAGAUGUAAUAGGAUUAAAGUUCGUAAGGCUAUAAAAACUGUCACCACCUUUCUUGUUUCACCACGUCAAAAAAUACGCUUUCGUUCAAUGAGACAACGCUCUUCCACAAGCCACCAUUACCACCUCCUUCAGAAGGGUCUUCCGGCCAUAUUCAUUGAUCAACUCUAUCAUCCAAAAUCGGGUCAAUCAUCAAGACAACCCGUAAUUAACAAAGAUAAUAAGAAACCAGGUUUUGCUACCACUAGUGCAGACACUGGUGGUGGUAACACUAGUGCCCAUACUAGUGGUAGCAAGCGGGAAGAAAGCGUAACAACGAAACAGUUUUCGUUGUUACGUGAGAAAAAGAAAGAUGAGAGUAAAAAGGGAGACAUGUUACAGACACGAGACAUACGAGGGGUGGAUGAAAGAGCGGAGGAUUAUAUUUUGAAGGUUAGAGAGCAAAUGAGACUCCAAAGGGAGAAAUCGAUUCUUGAUUUUCAAGAAAUGCUUGCUCGAAGUGUAUGAUUUUUUUCCCAUCAUACAUAUUAUAUAUUUUAUAACAUGAACAUGAUCUAUUUUUAGUUUUUUUUAGAUUUCCAUUUUAUUUUCCCAAAUUAUUUUUAUGGGAUAAGAAAUUGGUAUUUCUUUCAAUAAGAGUGGGGUAAACGCCCCCCGCUAGGGGUGUUUCCUUCAAUAAUAGUGAUAACCAACAAUGAGCUCAAUCUUCUUUACACCUAAGGUAAAAGUGUGGGACUUUUUUUUGUUAUUUUUAUAAUAAUAAUAGCGUUUAGAGAGUUGCUUACUAUCAUAUUCCCAAUCACUAGAAAGAAAAGAUAGCAAUAGUGACAUGGAUCGUGUUGAUCCAUGUCAUUAUUUCUUUGAGAGGAAAAAUGGGUAUUUGUUUUGAAGAUAUAAGGUGAUGCUUAAUGGUUAUAUUAUUCUUUUAAUUUUGUUUUUGUUCAUUUCUCAUAUGUAAAAUUAUUGGGCGUGAUAUAUAGAAAAUUGGAAAUAUAAUUUUUUUUAA